UAGGCUGUGAGGACAUGCCUGCCCCUAUAAGCUGUAUCAUGGCUGGACUUCCUGGAGAACAUGGUAUCUGAGCAGACUUGAAAGACAGGAGUUGUGGGAAUGAAGUCCACUGGGGGACCAGCUGGUGCACAGGUGAUGAGUAGAGAGAGACCAGGUAUAUUGGAUGUCACGUGCCUCCAACCAAGUAGGAGGAGGUCAUUGGAGGGAGGUAAAGCUGGGGAGGGUACACAGGUCAGGUCUGAGAAAUUCUGCUCAAAGUAUUGUGGUUGAAGUCUAAGCCAAAGUGGGAGUCCCUGAGGGUUUUCAACAGAGGAAGGAUGUACUCUGGUGGUUGUUUUAGAAGGAUAACACUUCUAUUAUUUUAAAGGAUAACAUUAUCCAGGGGUGGUGGUAAAUAUGUGUAAUCCCAGGCACUUGGGAGGCUGAGGCAGGAAGAUUGCAAGUUCAAGACCAGCCUCAGCAACUUAUUGAGACCUUUUCUCAAAAUUAAAAAUAAAAAGGAUGGGGAUGUAGCUCAGUGAUAGAGUGCCCCUGGGUUCAUUAUCCAGUUCCAUGAAAAUAAAUAAGUAAAAGGAUAAUACUGUUUCUGUGUUUAGAGUAGUAUGUAGGGGAACAGGGAGGAGGUUGAGAGUCCACUAUGAGGGGUGCUGUUGUAAGGUGGAGCUGCUGGAUAGGGUAGGGGGCCUUUCUGAGUGCCUCCAGGGUAGCUAUGUUGGGGGGGGGGGUGUAUGGCCAGCUUUGUAGUCCUCAGAAUAGCCAUUCUCUGGCUAGGGGUCUUAGGGCUGUCAGACUAUCUGCUUGAGGGGUCCCUGCUUCCUGCACUUUUUUAGUCUACAUCUGGUUGGUUCUCUGCUGAGAAACCAGUUCAUACAUCUCAUAGGAUAAUCAGGCCUAAGUGCAGGAACUUCUGAGAACAGCAAAUAAAGUUUGCUGUUCCGGGCCAGCCUGUUACUCACAUAGGCUGUUUGAAAAAUGCUUGGUUUCUUCCAUCUCAGUGAACACCUUUUUUUCUCUUGAGUGAGAACUACAGCUGUGGCAACUUAGGUGUGGGCCACAGGGAAAGGAAAAGGCUGCCUUUUGAGGACAGAGGGCUGCCAGGGAGGCUGCUGUGUUUCUAGAGCUGGAGGAUUCACAGGCCUGGCUCAGCUAAGGGUGCAGAAUGCCCCUGUGUCCUUCAGCCUCAGCUGGGUCCCCCAGGACCACUGGCCCACCUUGAAGGGAACAAGGAGAUCCAGACCCGCAAAAAAGGAUGUACACAAGUAAGCAGAGUGCCCAUGUCAACCUUAUCCAGUGACAGAGCUUUUUAUGUCACAUACUUAUGAUCUCAACUAUUAGAUGUGUUGGAGACUAUGUACUCAUGAUACAUUUGGAAAUAAAACAGGAAUGUAGGGACAAAAAUUUUUUACUUAAGUCCCUCCAUACAGUGGCACUGAGGCCAGAGGAUCCCAAGUUUGAAGCCAGCCUGGCAACCUAGUGAGACCCUGCAUCAAAAUAAAAAUUUAAAAAUGGCUGGGAAUGUAGUUCAGUGGUGGAGUGUGCCUGGGUUCAAUACCCAGUACUGGAAAGAAAAAAAAAGUCCCUUUGCCCACAUGUAAAGCAUCUUGACACUGCUACGAGUCUAUCUAACUGUCCACAUGGCUCUGUGGUAAAGUUCAAUCCCCAGUACUAAAAAACAAAAACAAAAAGAACAGAGAAAGAAAGGUGCCAGGCAAAGCAGUCAGAGUGAAUUCUAGGCACACCACUUCUGGACUUCUAACAUGAGCCCAAACACGUCGGCUUCACUUGCUUUAUCUUUUCAAGCUUUUUCACGAAAACAAACUUACAGCCCUUACCUCCACUGGCCAGGGCUCUAGGCACACACUGAAAGGGCAGAGGCAGAGGACUUGGAGAAGCAGGUAAUACCAUGUUCCACCUCACAGAGGGGCUUUGAUGUACCCUGAAUAGAACUGAGUCAAGACCCUUCACUUAGUAGUCUUCGUGUCUGCUUCUUAAGGAGGGAGAAAAACUGUUAAGGAAAACUGUAUUCAGGAUGUAAUGCUUUGUAAGGUCAACUACCCAGGACCACCUCAGAAGGCAGAGGGGAGAUGGCAGCCCAGGCACAUGGGGACAUAUAGGCCAUGAAGCUGGUGGGGGAGUGGAUGGAUAAGAAAACUUGAGUUUAAGGGGACUUCUGGUGAAACUGACCUAUCAGGGUUCUUGUUAAAAUGGGACAGUGCAUAAAAGAACAUGGAAGCUGGAAAGUUGUUAUGGUGAGCAAGCUAUGCCAUUAACACAGACUGCUCAUAUUUGUAAAUUCCACAAUAUCAGAAUUUGUUGAAUAAAUUCACAGGCUACAUCAGUUUUUUCAUCACUGUUAAUUUACUGAUACUUAUGGUGUGACUGUGGUAAUCACAAAUUAUUCUGUUCCAAUUUUAAUUACUAAUAUCGUUAACACCAAAGUGGAUUUAUAAGUUACAGAACCGUUAGGGAAGGGAUAACCAUGGCCUCAGAGUUUGUUUAUUGCAGUGCUGGGGAUGGAACCAAGAGCCUUGUGCUUGCCGGGUAAGAGCUCUCUACCCAUGAGCUAUAUCUCCAAUCAACCCUUUUUUAUUUUAAGACAUGUCUAAGUUGGCUAAGCUAUUCUUAACUUGCAAUCCUCCUGCAUCAGCCUCCCGAAUCGUGCGCUUUUUAAAAAAAACAUUUUUAGUUAUUAACACAAUGCCUUUAUUUUAUCUAUUUAUUUUUAUAUGGUGCCAAGAGUCGAACCCAGGGUCUCGCACGUGCUAGGCGAGCGCUCUACCGCUGAACCACAACCCCAGCUCCAGCCCUGCCGUCUUUUUGUAAGGUUUAUUUUUUGCAGCACUGGGAAUGGGUCCCCAAAAUCCAGGCCAGCGCUGCACACUGAGCCGCAGCACACCCCCAGGUUGUGCAUAGCCAAUUUGGGGCGUCAAGGUCAUCCCUUAGCUUCACCUUAUUUUUACUUCCCAGUAACCCCGCCGUACUGCCUCCUCCAUUUUACCAAGUGCUACUUUGAACUAACCUAUUGACACUGUCGGGAGACUGCGGAGAUGAAGCACCUGUAGUGCGGAGCCGGGCGGGCUGAAGCCGCAGGUGGGGCAGGACUGCCGUUCCCCUCCAGCAGUCCGCGGACCACCGUUGGCUUGGGUCCUUGGAGUCCUAGACCAGCCCCGGAAAUGAGCGGGGCUGGGCUUCAUCCCGCUUCCGGCUCUCGGUCUCCAGGGAAGGGCUGCCUGCGCAUGCGCAGCUAGAUCGUCUCGCCCCGUCUCCGGCUGGUCGGCGCACUACGCUGCUGCUAGCUGCCGAGCUCGGUCUUCGGACCCGACGCUUCCUGUGAGCCGGCACCGAGUCGGAAGCCGUCUCCGGACCUGUGAGCCUUGAGGUGGGGGAAGCCGAAGAGUUGAUAAUGUGGACCCACGUCCUCCCGCAGGGGUCGCGGCUCUGAGCUUAGCGGGUCCUGGCUCCACAGCCCCCCGGACCGCGAAUCCGCUUCCAGGAGCGCGCCAGGCACCACGCCGUGCGGUCCCCGGGCGCGAUGCCGCUGACUUUCCAGGACGUGGCAGUGUACUUCUCCCCAGCGGAGGGGCAACAGCUGGGGCCCCAGCAGCGGGCGCUGUACCGGGAUGUGAUGCUGGAGAACUAUGGGAACGUGGCCUCCCUAGGAUUCCCUGUCCCUAAGCCAGAGCUGAUCUCCCAGCUGGAGCAAGGCGAGGAGCUGUGGGUCAUGGAUCUUCUGGGGGCUGAAGAAUCAGAGGUCUUGAGAAACUGCCGAACAGAUUCUGAUACUGGGACUGAGAAGGAACUGUCCAUUUUAAACCAGGAGUGUUCUGAAGAUGUGAAGAGCCCAGCAUUUGUAUCAAGAAGAUUCUCAAGGGCCAAUUCACAGACACCUGUGUUCCAGGAUCCUUGGGACCUGGAGGGGAAGGGAAAAGGGAGCCUGGGAAACACUGCUGGCCAGAGUCUGAAGAAACCCCAUCUGCACAAGAGAGUUUUUAGAGAGGAAUCUGUCCUAUGUAGGGAGCAGCCUCCAAGAGAGAGUGUCCAGGAGUGUUCUUUAAAUGUUGAUAGACAUUUAAAUCCAAACCAAAAUGUUGUUAGACUUCAAAGGAAUAAAACAGGAGAGAGAGUCUUUAAAUGUGAUAUAUGCAGCAAAACCUUCAAAUAUAAUUCAGACCUCCGUCGACAUCAUAGGCGCCACACAGGGGAAAAGCCCUAUGAGUGCAGUUGGUGUGGGCGAGCCUUCACACACAGCGCGAGCCUCAUCCUGCACCGCCGAGUCCACACUGGCAGCAAACCGUUUAAAUGUGAAGAAUGUGGGAAGACUUUUGGGCUCAAUUCCUACCUCAUUCUGCAUCGGAGAAUUCACACUGGAGAAAGACCCUUUGGGUGCAGUGAAUGUGGGAAAGCCUUCAGUCGAAGCUCCAGCCUCAUUCAGCAUCGCGUCAUUCACACAGGAGAGAAGCCUCACAAGUGUGAGGAGUGCGGCAAAGCCUUCAGCCAGAGCCCCCAGUUAACUCAGCACCAGAGGAUCCACACUGGGGAGAAGCCGCACAAGUGCAGUCAGUGUGGCAAGGCCUUCAGCCGGAGCUCCAGCCUCAUUCAGCACCAGAGGAUCCACACUGGGGAGAAGCCCCACAAGUGCAGUCAGUGUGGCAAGGCCUUCAGCCAGAGCUCCAGCCUUUUCCUCCAUCAUAGGGUCCACACUGGAGAAAAGCCCUACGUGUGCCAGGAGUGUGGCCGGGCCUUUGGUUUCAAUUCUCACCUUACUGAACAUACACGGAUUCACACUGGAGAGAAGCCUUAUGUGUGUGGUGAGUGUGGCAGGGCCUUCAGCCGGAGUUCCACUCUGGUGCAGCAUCGCAGAGUGCACACAGGGGAGAAGCCAUAUCAGUGCUCUGAGUGUGGGAAAGCCUUCAGCCAGAGCUCCCAACUCACCCUGCACCAGCGUGUCCACACUGGCGAGAAGCCCUACGAGUGCCGGGCCUGUGGGAAGGCCUUUAGCCGGAGGUCAACCCUCACACAGCAUCAGCACAUUCACACGGGAGAUAAUCCUCGCCAGCGUAGAAAGGGUGGCCCCAGCCUGAUGCCCACUGGAGAGCGACGUGGCAGAGCCUUCAGCCAUGGUGCAGACCUCAUUCUGCACUGGACAAUCCACACUGGUGAGAAAUCCCUGGGGUGCAGUGAAUGUGGGAAGACUUUCAGCCCUACCCCACAACCCGUUGAGUACCAGAGAAGCCGCCACGCUGGGGAGAAACCAUAUAAAUGUCAAGAAUGUGGAAAGGCUGUCAGCGAGGGUUCAGACCUUACUCAACAUCAGGUAGCUCAUGUUGGAGAGAAGCCCCCUCUAAAUGAUGGCUCUGAAAGAUAUUUUAUUCAUAUCAAAAAGAUUUUCCAAGAAAGACAUUUUUAAGUUAUAAAAUUAGGAAACAGUUUAGCAAUUGUUCAUUUUACGUUGGAUAGGCUAGCAAAAUGAAAGUUAAAUAAGAGGGUUUACAUAUUACCAGCAAAUCAAAAUAAACAGGUUGGAUGACUAUUAAAGUCAUUAAAUUUGAAAGUAAACAUGAGAGAAUUCAGUCUGGAAAAUACUGUUGUAUAGAGGUUAUUGUUGUGCUCAGGGUGACCCCUGUCGCACUACCUUCAGACACUGAGAGGAGGGGGAGCACCAAUAGUGAGCCACUGGCUCCAGCCCCAAGGUGUCACUACCUUGUGUCUCCCUCCUGCCUGAGCUCAGCUUGUUAUUGGGAAUACCCAGUUCCAGUACCGCUGGGCAGGGUGAGCCUUCCCUUACCAGCCUGCAGGCAGGGUGUCCUUCCUCCCUUGGAGCCCAGUUUGGGCACUUGUAGAGUGAAGAUUGAUGUGUUUUCAGUUCUGAGAUCUGCAAUUGAGCAGAGGCCUCGGGGCCAAUGAGGCCAAGCUGCCAUGAAGCCCCAUUCUCAAGAGCUGCAAAAAGGAAAGAAAAUCCUCACAAUGCUCGAAGAAAAUAGGAGAGGAAAUAACUGCAGUUAAGACACACCAAGAAACAACCAGGCUUGUUGUUAUUUUUGUUUUUCUUUGUUUGUUUGCGUGUUUUGAAGUGCUAGGGAUAGAGCCCAGGGCCUUGUGCAUAUAGGCAAGUGACCUACCACUGAGCUACACCCCAACCCCAAAGGCCAACCUUCUUGAGUACAGUUUACAUACAAUAAGAUUCACUCUUUAGCAUACAGCUCUGUGGGUUUCAGAGUCACAUGGUGUGCAGUCGCCACAAUCAAGCAUACAACCUGCCUCAGCACCCACAGCUCUCCAUGCCCAAACGGGAAGCCCUAACCCCUGCAUACCCUGCUUUGUUUUCUGUUGCCAUGGCUUCACCAUUCCCAGAAUCUCAUCCUGUGGAGCCAUUUCAAUCUGGUGUUUUUUACUGAAUAUAUUGGAGAGUCACCCAUGUUGUUGCAUGUAUCUGUAGUUCAUUCUUUUUACUGCCCAGCAGCAUUCCAUGUUAUGGAUAUAUGGAUGGAGCUGUUCAACCAUUCCUCCAUUAAGGGAUUCUUGAGUGUUCCCAUUUAUAGUAUAUAAGAAUAAAGUACCUAUAAACACGUAA